UGAGAGUGAGAGUGAGUGUAUGUGCGUCCUUAUGUGCGCACUCGCUUGCUCGUGUUCAUCUAUGUCAUUGUGUGCAUGUGUGAGUGAUCGUCCCUCUGCUGAGCGUUUCGUCGCGGGCGAGGAGGUUUGGGCCGGAGAGCGAGGCCCUUCGCCAGAGCUGGGAAGGGUGGCGAAGGGUGGCAGGGUGGGUCCAGGAUGCGGCGCCACAACGGAGGGAUCAAUGGCCUACGUUCUGCUUCCACCUGCUUAAUCUCCGGCAAAGCUGGCCUCGCCGGGACACCAGGACACCUCGUUCACGGCACAAUGCCUGCCAUGCGCGUGUGUCACAAGAUCAGGAGACUCGCCAAGGAUCUGCCUAACUAGCAAUAAAGCUAAUGGGUAACGAUUUCCGCCGCUCAGGUAUGUCAGUCAAUAGGUCCAUUUUGAGAGUCAGUCUUGAGAGCUAAGUUAACUGGAACGUUUACUCAAAUGAUAAUGAAGAAUUUAAUACUGAUAAUCCACUGACAUUGCAAGAUAAUUUAUUCCACACAAUAAUAUAUAGUCAUUAACAUUCGCCAAUGGAAGCCCGAGAAGUUAUAGAGCGAUCGCUGCGAAAACAAAAGGAAAACGCGCAUCAAAAAUGUUCACAGUGGCGCGCUCAGCCACGUACAGCAGGAAGACCAAGGAGGAAAAGCAACUAAUAUAAUAACACAUCCAGUCUCGACCACCGAAUGUGUCAGUUGACAAACCCAAACAGUUCAAUGUUCAUCCGCACAGUGUUCCAUCAGAUUUAACUGUGUAUAUAUUGUUAGUUAAUAUAUAUUUUUAUCAUGACAUAGACCAUUACUCAACACGUCCUAGAAAUAACAACGAACACUGGGUGCAGUGGAAAUGUGCAGCAAUACGAUGUCCCAGCCCGGGUUACGGUCACUGAUAGCCCUAACUACAUUCCUAUCUCUAACACAGUCCGGAUUUUCUUCAGACGUUCACCUCAAAGAGGAAUCAAGAGUGACUGUGUCCGUUUGGUCAAGCUUCAGCGGCUGGGGACUAGAGGUUGACGGCUGUAACAACACUCAACAACAGGCCUGCUACAACCCCCUUGUUAGAUACAACCUUCUCCUGCCCCCUGAGGACGCUCACCCACACAACCCUAAAGAUGGGGAGGGACUCACCCUAACUGUCCUCAACCAAAGGAAUGCUGCUGUCAUCUUUCACAAGGUGUUCCCGCUCGGCUACUACUGGGCGCACUAUGCUGACCUACAGUGGCACUUGGAUCGCGUGGCACCCGGACGCAUCCUCGUCCUCACGGUAGCCGUCUCUGGCACUGUGGGGCUCCGCCAAGCAGCCCACCAACUCGCUGGCCUCGGCUCCCUCUUCGCCUUGCACCUCACGCCCAUGGCACACUGGACCUGGGUCUUCGUCAAGGGCGGCCGCACCAUCUCGGAGACAGUCAUCCUUCAAGGACUAGCUCAACACCAAGCGCACCUCGUUCUGCCCCUCUCCGAUGUACCCACGCCCACUGCUCCCUCCAAUCAAACGCUGCAACAACAACGCUGGCACUACUGCCACCUUCACGCUGCCAUGGGCGGACUUUGCGAUGAGCACACUCCGGACCCACUGCCACCGCCCCCGCCGCCUACCCUCCAGCACCAAUCCGCCCUCGCCGAUGUGCCCGUCGUCGUCACAGCCGGUGCCCGCCACCAGUACCUCUACCACACCCUCAAUACCCUCCUCACUGCCCCCGGGGCACAACGUAACAACGUGCUCGUCGUGCUUGGGGACGCACCACAGCCUACCACACAACUGCUACGUCUCAUCAACGUCAACUUCACCAAAGUUCCUGUUCACGGGGAAGGCAACCUCAAACUCUUCCGUUACUACCGUAGCGUCUUCCAGCUGGUGGCUCGCACCUUCCCCGACGCCCCUGCAGUCAUUUUCCUGGACGAGGACGUCGAGGUCUCCCCAGACUUCUUCUCCUUCAUGAGCCAGACUCUGUGGCUGCUCCGCGAGGACCCCACACUCUACUGCAUCAACGGUUUCUCUGCGACUGGGCUGAAAGACCGUGCAUUCAAUCCUUCUAGAGUGCUUCGAGGCAGCGUACAGGUCGAGUGGGGCUAUGCUCUGACUUUGAGUUUUAUCCGCGAAGUGUUGUCCAUUUGGCCAGAUAAACCUUCCAAUAUCCAUAUCUAUGACUACUGGAUAUAUAUCCAUGCACGGCAUGGCAGAGAGUGUGCUUACCCGGAAAUGAGUAGAACAUUUCACUACGGAAUGGGCAUGAAUUCUAACGCCUGGACUGAGGAAACCAUUUUCUUAUCUAUACCUUUACUACAAGAACGUUACAUAAACUUAACGCGAGUGUCAGACCUCCAAAUGAACAACUGGCGACGUAAACUUUCCUAUAAUAUCUCUCAUGCCACGGUUUUGCGAGGAAAUCCAUGUUCACCCAAUUUUAUCCCUUUCUAUGAUUUAAACAACCACUACGUUUUCUAUUAUCGACUUGACAGCAUGGAAGCCGGAAACCCAAAUGUGACACAAUUCUUCCAACUCUUUAACUGCGUGGGAACUUGGAGCAUAUCUGAGCAAGGCCAUCACGAGGGCGUCAGCGUAGUGACGCUCUCUGCCCGUGCCACACUGUACCUUGUGGGCGCCCCGUAUUCCUCGUACUCGCACCUGCGCCCGCCUUCUGUUUCCCUGUGGGACAUCAGUACUAUCCCCGAGGAAGAAUUUGCUGUUGUCGAGGAAAAUGAAAUCAACAAGCACAAAUUCCAAAUGAAAAUUAGGAAUACUGAUAUGACUGAAGAAAAGCUGAUGAAAAUUUUAUUAAUGCAAAUGUAAUAUUUCGCGAAGCUAGGAAGCAAAUACAGAUGACAAAAAUUAA